CUGUUGCACUUGCCAAAAGAGUGAUAUAGAAGGAUGAGCAAGCAUCAUACACAAACAUCUGUUCCGAAAGCACUCGAUGGAGGGAGGAGAGGGAGGGAUAUACUGCUGCUGCUGGCGUGACGCUGCUUUUUGCGUAUUGCUUAUUGCUAUGGCCUUCUUCGGUUCGGUAGAGAGUGAUGCGAAUGCUUAGGCCAGAGGUGGAAAGAGACAAGUUUUCUUUCUAUGCUUCCAGAUUGCGCCACCUCAUUCGCUCGUCGAUGCUUGAGAAGGUUCUCUGGAUGAGAAACUGAACUAACGAAGGAAAAGGCGGUUGUCGAUGUCUUCUAAAGUUCACUUUCUGAUUUUCUGCUACUACGACUAGGUCCCGAUGAAAGUACAGGUGACCGGUCUGAAAGUUAAAGUUUCCCAAGUGAACCGCCCAGAGAUUCACCAUUCUAGCUCCAUCGAGACAAAAAACCAGGCAAUUCUUCAGAAGGUACGAGCAAUGGAGAGCCACCUGUGGCGUUUACUCGUCUUGGUCGACAACAACCUUCAUCCUUCGUGUUUAGGGUUUAUCGUUCAACUAUAUCUUCAAAUUGUAGAUCAAUAUAAGUUUUAUUAGUAGGACAUAUACAUCAAUUAUUAAAUAUUUUCCUUGCCCCAAAAAGGUAUUUGUAGAUUAUACCAGUGUUCCAUACUGUGAAAAGCAACGUUAUUCUAGUAGAUAGAUCCUACGAUGUGAACAUUGCGUUCAGUAGCACAUAUGAACAUGCAAACUUGAUCUGGCCAAUGUCCGCUAAAUGUGCAUUCAAAUGCUUCAAACACAUCAAUAACACAACUCAG